UCUUCUAAGGAAAAGGGUAGAAGAAAAUGGAGAGUAAUAAUGGAGGCGAAAAGGCUCGCCGUCGAGCAUUCAAGAGGAGAAAGGAAGGGGUGAUGAAGAAGGCCAGAGAGCUUUCAAUACUGUGCGACACUCCUGUUUGGAUCGUCAUCCGAUCUCCCGACGAUGACGGAGAUGAGGUCGGCAUCUGGCCGCUGCCGCCGCCGGAGAAUGGUUCCCAGCACGGAACGAGGAACGAGGAAGCCAUUCGACAGUGCAAAGAGAAGAUGAUGGCUAUGAUGAAGAACGGAACUGCCAGAGGAAGGGCGAAGAAGCGAGUCAGAACAGCAGUGCCGGAUAAUUAUGAUGUCGGGGACGAAGAAACUCCGGCUAAACGAGUUAGAACAGCGGCGCCUGAUUCCGACGCAGCCGACUCAGAAAAGUGGGCGGAUUCUUGCUAUGUCCCGGAGCCCUUCCAGCUAUUUCCACCAAGCUUUUAUUCCUUGGACAUUUCUACCCCAUUAAUUGGUGCUUAGAUUGGGGUGUUGAAUUUUUAAUUCUUUGGUUCAUUCAUUCAUGGUGGGCGUCACUUAAUUGGCAAGGCAAGGGGUGUUCAAAGGAUAAUACCCGAGUUUGAUUUUUUGGCAACUGUGCUAAGCAUAAAGUCUUUGCAAAUAUUUGGUGUAAGUUCCACUCGUUCCAUCAUCUCCGAUGGAGCCAAAAUUUCACCAUUUUUUGGCUUUGGGGUGUGAUGGAAUAAAUCAAAAUGGAUCUCUAAACUGUCUGCGCUUCUUUAAUUAAUGAAGUAGCAGUUAGUCAAGCAAUGCAACUUUCGACGUUGAGCCGGGGGUCUCUUUUGAAACAGCCUCUCUACUUUCGAGUAGGGGCAAGGU